AUGACGAACGACGACUGGGAUGGUGCGGCCUCGAUGCACAAGGCGCUCAAGGUGCUGGCCACAUCCUCCCGCCCCAUUUCCGCCUCUAGGGUCAAGACAGCAGCAGCGAGGGCCUUGGAUAAUGUCAAGGAAUACAAGCGAGUCGUGCACGCCAUCGAGCGGUACAUCAGGAAAGCCCAGCCCCAGCACCGUAUCGGAGGCUGCUUCGUGAUCGAUUCCGUGUGCCGACAAGCUCAGUCCAAGUGGGGCCACAAGGACGUCUUCACUCCUCGCUUCGCGCAGCGCAUGUCCGAGACCGUGGAGAAUCUAAGAAAUGUGCCCGAUGGGGACAAGCCGCCGGUGUUCCGAGUCAUCCGAGAAUGGCACGAGAAGGGGAUGUUCAAGGGGCUCGAGGCGUUCGCCUCUACGGGGGCUGCGGGAGCCGCGGCUCCCGCCGCUCCCGCUCCCGCUGCUGCUGCUGCUGCUGCUGCGCCGUACUCGUCGUAUCAGAACCCCCCCCCGCCCCAGAUGCCCGCGGUGUCUGCCGCUCCCGCCCUGAUGCCGCUGCCGCCGCCGACCGGGGUGAUCCACCUCGGGCUGAAGGCGGGAGACACGUACGGUAGCGCUUAUCCGCCGCACGCGGCGGCGGCGGCGGCGGCGGCGGCGGCGAACGGCGGCGGCGCUCCGCCAGGUGGUGCCGACCCCGGCGCCGCCGCUGCCCCCACGUACGCGCCGUCGUAUGAGCAGCAGCAGAGCAGCAACAGCCCCGCCCCCGGAGGCGUUACCAACGGUGGCUGGGGAGGGCGGUUGGACGAGCCCUUGUCUG